AUGUGGAAACUGAUGCUCGGCCAAUCCAUCUACAAACUCGCCCUCUGCUUCACGCUGUACUUCGCCGGCGACCGGAUCUUCGGCCUGGACGCGCACAGCAACAACGACGACCGCGUCCUCCUCGACACGAUCAUCUUCAACACCUUCGUGUGGAUGCAGAUCUUCAACGAGUUCAACUGCCGCCGGCUGGACAACCGGCUCAACAUCUUCCAGGGGAUCCUCAAGAAUGCGUGGUUCAUGGUCAUCAACGUGCUGAUGGUGGGCGGGCAGAUCCUGAUCAUCUUUGUCGGGGGCGAGGCGUUCGGUGUGACGCGGCUGAGCGGCGCGCAGUGGGGGUAUUGUUUGGGUUUCGCGGUGGUGUGUAUCCCCUGGGCGGCGGUGUUGAAGUUCGUGCCGGAUCGAUAUGUUGCCUGGGGGUUGGGGUGGGUUGGUGUCGGGGUGAGGAAGGUUAGACGUGUUGAUGCUCUAGAUGAUAUGUAA